CAUAUCAUCCGUCGUAGCCAGUUUGGCAACCCCCUCCCCUCAUCAUCAGCUGUCAGACUCCAACGGCAAUAAUGACGUUAGGCAACCAACCGUCAGCCCCAGGAGAAAAUCAAAAAGUAACUCGCAAGCGAAGAGAAACGGCGCGCCACUGGAUACCGAACUCAGCUUAAGGAGCAGUACCAAAUCCAGCAUGGUAAAAAAACUCAGUGAAGUGGAAUAUGUCGCUCCCCCCCCUCAAAGCGACAACCUAUCAUGUUAACAUAUAUUUUCUGAAUAUACUAGACACGUGACACCCUCGCUGUGCUUUUGGGAUCUAAUGAUGAAGCAUAAGAAAAAAUAUGCAAGUGAAAAACUUAUGG